GGGGGCCGUGGAAAAGAUAUAAGGGGGCUACGGCGUCGUUGCCCAAGCCCACUGAGCGGUAGGGGACCUGCAGGAGGUUGUUGGGGUGGAGGGAGGAUGGGGUCCGGGGUUCUGGUCCGGGUUAGACCGUAGGAGCUCUUCCUUCUCUCUCCUCCACAGGUGAUGGAGACCCGCCAGGUGACCAGGAGCCCCCGGGUGCGGCUGCUGCUGCUGCUGUUCCUGCUUGUGCCCUGGGGCACCCGCACUGCCUCAGGUGUGGCCCUGCCUCCUGCCCGGACCUUCAGUCUCGGCACCCCCGGCCGGGCCUCGUGGGGUCCAGUCACCCCACUGUUGCGGCGGAGUCUGGCGCUGGCGGACGACGCGGCCUUCCGAGAGCGCGCGAGGCUGCUGGCCGCCCUCGAGCGCCGCCACUGGCUGAACUCGUACCUGCACAAGCUGCUGCUGCUGGACGCGCCCUGAGCGCCCC